AUGUCCCUGCACCAGUUUCUGUUGGAGCCCAUCACCUGCCAUGCAUGGAACCGCGACAGGACGCAAAUUGCCAUCAGUCCCAAUAAUCAUGAAGUUCACAUCUACAAGAAAAGUGGGAACACAUGGGCUAAGACUCAGGAGUUGAAGGAGCACAACGGCCACAUAACAGGCAUCGACUGGGCCCCUAAAAGUGACCGCAUUGUGACUUGUGGCGCUGACCGGAAUGCGUAUGUGUGGUCGCAGAAGGAGGGCGUAUGGAAGCCCACGCUGGUCAUUCUCAGGAUCAACCGUGCCGCCACCUUUGUCAAGUGGUCUCCCAUGGAAAACAAGUUUGCGGUGGGCAGCGGAGCGCGCCUCAUCUCCGUAUGCUACUUUGAGUCGGAAAACGACUGGUGGGUGAGUAAACACAUCAAAAAGCCCAUUCGCUCAACCAUCCUCAGCCUGGACUGGCACCCCAACAACAUUCUGCUUGCAGCUGGCUCGUGUGACUUCAAAUGCAGGGUGUUCUCGGCCUACAUCAAGGAGGUGGAGGAGAAGCCCGGCCCCACGCCCUGGGGCAGUAAGAUGCCAUUUGGAGCUGUGUUAGCGGAGUUUGGAGGAGCCGGUGGAGGUGGCUGGGUCCACUCUGUGUCCUUCUCUGCCUCUGGGAACCGCCUGGCCUGGGUUAGCCACGAUAGCACUGUCAAUGUGGUGGAGAGCUCAAAGACCACCAGUCCCUCACAGUUGAAGACAGAGUUCCUCCCUCUCCUCAGCGUCAUUUUCGUGUCCGAGAACAGUGUAGUAGCUGCGGGCCACGACUGCUGCCCCAUGCUAUUCCGCGUGGAUGACGGCGGCACCCUCACGUUUGUGUCCAAGCUGGACCUCCCCAAGCAGAGCAUCCAGAGGAACAUCUCUGCCAUGGAGCGCUUCAGGAACAUGGACAAGAGGGCCACCACCGAGGACCGCAACACUGCCCUGGACACACUGCACCAGAACAGCAUCACCCAAGUGUCUAUCUAUGAAGGGGACAAAAGGGAUUGUCGCAGGUUCUGCACCACAGGCAUCGAUGGAGCUAUGACGAUUUGGGACUUUAAAAGUCUAGAGGCUUCAAUCCAGGGUCUACGCAUCAUAGUCCGCGAGCUCACUUUGAAAAACCUUUUUUCCCAGUAUUUGUUUUUAUUCCAACCACUCCUACUCUCCACUUCUCAGCAUUCACUUCAUUCCGGUUAUCUUUCCGCUCUGGACUUCCUGGUUGCAUUCUGCUCCCUGAUUGGCCAUGUCUUACCACAGCUUCCUCCUGGAACCAAUCAGCUGUCACGCCUGGAACAAAGACCGGAGCCAAAUUGCCCUGUGUCCCAACAAUCAUGA